AUGGUGAUGGAGGCUCAGAACGAGCGUUCAACUCGAGUUGAAGCGGUUUUGGAGCUCAAGAAAGACUUGGACACGUCUGCUGCGAGGAUUGGAGCUCAAAGUGCUGCUAUUCAAGCUCGAGAUCAAGCCGAAAAGGCUCAACAAGCUCGAGUGCAUCAGGAUCUAUUAGAUCAGGGUAAAAACCCGUACGAGGUGACCAGACGUAAAGUGGUGCAGCGAGAAGCGCGCAAAGAGCGAUCACGUAUUGAACGCAAUAUUCAAGACCGCGAGACGAAACUUUUAGGUCGAAUUGAAGCGGAAAAGUUCAUUCAGAGACGACGCGAGAAGAUUGAAGCCGAACAUCGAGCGUACGAGAGGAAAUACCAGCGAGAAAUGGGUCGAGCAGCUCAAGAAGAACGCACAAAUGCCUAUUUGUUGUCCCGAACUGGUAAAGAAUCGCUGGAUCCUACUGGUAAACUGGUGCGAGUGUAUCCAUCUCAAGAGACAACGAUCAAGGACAACAGUUUUGGCCUCGGACGAAGCGCUGUUUUAACGCCGAAACAUCGAAAACGUGUGGUUGAAAAGGUUUUAUCCAAAGCGACUCAUACUGCAACAGAGGCAAGCUCGAUGCUGCUACCUCGAAGACACAGAACGCAACAAGAUUCGGACGAUCCAGCAACUAACUCUAGUAGAACUGAAGGAGAAAAAACAAGUGCUGAAACGGUUUUUAUUCCGUCGCUUCCUGGAGUAAAACCAGGGCAGGAUUCACGUAAAGUAAAUCACGCUCUCUUGUCAAGUAGCGAUGUAAAGCUUCCACCGAUUAGAAACAUUUCGAAAGACCAUCGACAAGAAGAUGAAGAGAACCAGGACGUGUCUGGAUCAAUUAAACGCAAGCCAAGAACUCGCAGUGUAUUGGAGGAGCGACAAUUGACAAAAGCUCGACAACGACAGAAAGAUUCGCGGUUUACUCAGUCCCAAGUUGUGUGGGGUAAGACGUUCAGUGGGAAAGCAUUCCUGGCCAAUCCUUCGGUACUUUGGUUUAAAGAUUUCGACGUGAAUCGUGCUUUUACUCUUGGUUUUACGCUCACGAAUGUUUCAAACACAUUUAACCAGUUUCGGCUACUACCGAUGGACGAAGAGGUGAUCGAGUUGUUUGAUAUCGUGUAUGAAAAACCCGGUCGUAUGUCUGCUGGAAUGAGUUGUCUAUUGAAAAUGACGUUUACGGGUACAGAAGAGCGAGACUUGGAGACGACGUUAUCUGUAGCGUCUCCCACUGGGGUUUUUCAACUACCAGUUCGAUGCACCUGUAAGAAAGCUGUGCCGAUUCUAGCACAACGUGAGGUUCAUUUUCCAGAAAUUGUGGCUGGAGAACGUAAGACCGUCAGUCUGACACUUGCGAACGAGGGAGCACUACCGUUAGAAUACCGAGUACGCCGUCUACUGGCAACAAUUGAACCAGAGCCGGUGUCUAGCGUGGCCCAAAAUGAGCUGGAAACUAACGAUAAGCCUACUGAAACUACUGAGGACGAUGCAGAUGUUGAUAUCGAGAACACUAAUGAUGCUGAGAUACAGAAUGAUGACAUUUCCAACGAGAACCCUCAAGAAGACAGUGGACAAGCUGUAGAAGACGCUGAUAGUGCGAGAAACCUCCAACAAAUAAUAUCUGAUGAACCACGUCCUGUGUCUCGUACCACCAGUGCAGCGUCAACAAAACUAUCAACCGAUAACCAGCCAGAAGCUAUUGAAGAUGUUAAUGAUCCAUUUACCUCAGAUGAGCAAGAGUUAAUUGAUCGUGUGCUUGAAACAACAGUAUUCAGUCCUGAAGGUUCUGACGAGCCAAUCCGGUUUACAGGACGAGGUGUCGUUGCUCCAUAUUCUAGCAGCUCAGUAUCGUUUACAUUCGCACCCGUUGCUGCCAUGAAUCUAAACAACCAGCCGUUUGUAUUUGAAUUCCCGACUCCAUCAUCUGGAAUCUCUUCGCCAGAUCUUCGAUUACUGGCGGCCAUUCCGGUUCAAGUAUCGGGUGUUGCCGCGCAAGUUCCGAUCUUUGUUUCUCGCUCACAACUGGACUUCCGAUGUUGCGCGUAUGGGAAGCUCUAUCGCCAUCAAUUCAUUAUCUGUAAUCGCGGUAAAGUUGCUCUUAAAGUCCAGAUACAAGUGCCCAAACCGUUGGUAGGAUACGUCGAAUUCAACCCUAGCUUUGGGUUCGUACAGGCGAUGGCGUUAGAACAGGGAAUAUUUUCCGUGCAGGUGAAAUUCCGUCCAGAAGUUAAGAUGUGGAAACGAAUCGAGCGCGCUGGAUUGGGCUCCCGUGAGCUCGGAAUGCUGGCAGUUCCGGUUCAAGUACUAGUGCCCGAUCAAGUGAUUCCUGUCUUCUUCUUACUCACCGCGAGACUGACACCUACUGAACUGCUUAUUAAGACUGGGAACCCUGAUAAAGGACUUCAUUUCGGGGCAUGUUUUAUUGGACAGAGUGUUAGCCACCAGCUUACAAUUUCCAAUACUGCACGAGUUCCGCAACGUAUUGGCGUUACCUUAUUACCGAAAGAUGUGACUGUAGCCGACGUAUCAGGAGGAGUGGGGAUUGUGUUGUUACCGGGUGAGGAACGAACGUUGCGCGUUGUGUAUACACCGAGUUUUCCGGGUGUUCUUAAAGGAGCUGGUACUAUGGGACGGUUAAAACCUGUUUUAACAUUGUGGUCAUCGACGUUUAAUCACGAGUAUAAUUUGCCAUGUUCAGGCAGUGGAGUGGCCAGUGACCUGGUUUUCUCUCACUCUGCUGUUCGUCUUGGUGCGACGUCAUUGGGUCAAACACAAACGUGUAACGUUAAAUUGACAAACCAGUCAGAUCGACAUACCCGUCUGGUAGAAUUGAGAUUGCCAAUUGAAGCUGCAUCGUUUUUGAGAAUUACUCCGCUUGUAACACGUUUGAGACCACGCGAGUCUGUACGUCUGGAAAUCGACUUUGAACCUACUGACGACAUAUUCAAGCUGGUUAAAACGUGUUAUUACGAGGCGAAAUCGACCGAAAAUGGCUCAGUGGCCUCUGCACCAUGCGUUCGCGUUGAGCUGACUACAGAGGACCCAAUCGAUCAGGACGGACCUCGUAGUUGUCAUUUUACGUGGACUAUUCUGUGCUUCCAUCAGGUCGAAGGGACGACUGACGACAGCGAAUGCACGUCGUUCCCAGCUUUGGAAGUCCGAACAACCGCAGUGGAACCUUUUUUUAUUCCUUCAACAACUAGUAUGGAUUUCGGGCAGGUGGCAAUUGGUCAGGCUCUACUCCGUGAUCUCAUUCUUGAGACGACACCUAGUACUACUGAGAGCGUAUUAGUACGUGCUCAACCACUGCAUAUUUUGGGUGCUUUUCGAAUGAUAGGAGCUUUACGUGAGGUCCCAGCUGACAAAAAGAAGCGAGCUAUUCGUAUUGAAUUCGAGCCACGCACUCCGUUGACGUAUGAAGAUGAACUGGAGCUUUCAGCUUUGGGGGUAAAUAUCCGAGUUAACCUUCGUGGGAUAGGGAUUAACCCUAGUUUAUCUCUCACUCCUGAAGACGGGAACGUGGAUUUCCAAGACGUAUUGGCGCGUACACGUAAUCUACAAGAACUGAUAUUGACAAACGGUAGUGCCUUCCCAUUGGCCUUCUCAAUCAUCGCAGUAGAUGAUACCGAGGUGUACACAACCUCGACAGGAUUGCCGGUGUUUACGUUCUCCCCUACCAGCGGUAUCAUCCCUGAGAAUGGCUCUUUAAACGUACAAGUCGUCUUCCAGCCAGACCACCAGAGACCGGACCAUUAUUCUCAACGGUUCCGUAUCAAAGUGCCCAAUGAAAGUGAACAACACGUUGUUAGUGUCUCUGGUCGCUGUUGGGAGAACCAGCUAUAUGUGUUUGCCCCCGCUGCAGAAGCUGUUGAACCAAGCGAUAGAGAGCCACUAUUGACGCUCCAGCCAGUGGACGAUCUCUUCGAUCUCCCUCCUAGUAUUUCGCUAAGCCAACUGCCAUUAAGUAUGGGAGUUAACGACCUACCAGCUUCGGGACUACGUAAAUCAUCGACCUCGUUUGUGGUUACGUUUACUGGAGACGAAGUUGAUGUUACAAAAGCCACAAAGACUCUGUUCGUUGGUAGCACAACACCGAGUAGUGGAGUCUAUGGUGGACUCGAUGAAGGCCCUGUUAGUACGCUUGGUGGCUCUGCUGGAUCGUUUGAACUCGUUGUGGAUGCCUCAUCGCCUCACGCGAAGUUGUUUACCUUUGAACCUGCACGCGGUGCGAUCGCUGCUGGCCAACAGCUUGCAGUCCAAGUAACGUACAACCCACCAGUAGCGGACACAACCACGUUAUCAAGUUCUGCAAUUUCUGGGCCCACAAAGUCAGUGCAGCGUCGGCCUGAGUUGGAAGUGCGGCAAUGGGUACAGGUUCGAGUGCAAUGCGUAUUGAAAGGUGGAGCGCUUUGGCGUACGUUGCCUGCGAUAGGAGCGGGUCCAGUACCCGUGAUGUAG